GCAGGUGACACAAAAAGAGCACGUUGCACGAACCCGACUACAUCGCAGCUUUCAGUUGGCCUUACCAAGCAAUAAGGCCGAGCAAAGCACAGAGCAGCGGCGAGUUUACUGCACAGCAACCAUAAUGGGCGGCGGCAGAGGAAGAGGAAACAGGUCACGAACUCAAAGAAAACACUUCAGAGAUGGGCGAGAGAACGUCUGGAAACGCCCCAAAUCUGACUCACCUUCCGAUCCCAACAAGACCACCACCAACACCACCACAGCCGAUAAUCCUACUUGGCAGCCCUUCGCUAAUCAAAAUGCCGCUUUCGAUGAUUACUACAAAGAACAAGGGAUAUUGGCGCCGGAGGAAUGGGAAACCUUCGUAGAAGUUCUUCGAACGCCGUUGCCUGCUGCUUUCAGAAUCAAUUCGAGUAGCCAGUUUUGUACAGAUAUUAGACUGCAGUUAGAGAAUGACUUUAUGAACUCUCUUCAAGCUGAGGUCACUAAUGGUGGAGAAGUUGAUGCUAUCAGACCAUUGCCCUGGUAUCCUGAUAAUCUUGCAUGGCAUACAAAUUUUUCCCGUAUGCAGCUAAGGAAGAACCAAACCCUUGAGAGGUUUCAUGAGUUCCUAAAGCUAGAGAAUGAAAUUGGAAACAUCACUAGACAAGAGGCUGUCAGCAUGGUGCCUCCUCUCUUCCUGGAUGUGCGUCCAGACCAUUUUGUGCUUGAUAUGUGUGCUGCACCAGGUUCAAAAACAUUCCAGCUGCUGGAGAUUAUAUACCAAUCAAUAAAACAAGGAUCACUGCCUGAUGGGAUGAUUAUAGCAAAUGACCUUGAUGUCCAAAGAUGUAAUCUUCUCAUACACCAAACAAAAAGAAUGUGCACCGCUAACUUAAUAGUCACAAAUAAUGAAGCCCAACAAUUCCCUGGCUGUCGUGCAAACAAGAAUUCCACUAAAGCUUCUGAAAUUGAAUUUGAGCCCCCCAUCAAUCAACUUCUUUUUGAUCGUGUCCUGUGUGAUGUUCCCUGCAGCGGAGAUGGCACCCUUCGCAAGGCUCCUGAUCUGUGGAGGAAAUGGAAUUCAGGGAUGGGCAAUGGACUCCAUAGCCUACAAGUGCAGAUAGCAAUGCGAGGCUUAUCAUUGCUUAAAGUUGGUGGAAGAAUGGUUUACUCAACCUGCUCAAUGAAUCCUGUAGAAGAUGAGGCUGUUGUCGCUGAGAUUUUAAGGAGGUGUGGAGGGUCUGUUGAACUGGUUGACGUCUCUGGUGAGCUUCCUCAACUUGUUCGCCGGCCAGGUCUAAGGAAAUGGAAGGUACGUGAUAAAGGUAUCUGGUUAUCUUCCCACAAAGAUGUCACCAAAUUUCGUAGAUAUGGGAUUCUUCCCAGCAUGUUUCCUUCAGGAAGAAGCUAUGUUGCCACAGCAGAUAAUAAGCAUGAGAAUGGUGGUGAUGUGAAUUCUGAAGAUGAGCCGAUGGAGGAUCCUAUGACUUCAAUAGAGGACUUGGAUGAGGAAGUUUCUGAUCUUCCUCUAGAACGUUGCAUGAGGAUAUUGCCUCAUGAUCAGAAUAGUGGGGCCUUUUUCAUUGCUGUCCUCCACAAACUCUCACCUUUGCCAGUCAUUCAGGAGAAACCACGUCGGCGAGGAAGUUUGUUAACUAAAAAUAACGAGCUGCAACAAAAGUUAUCAGAUCAGGUUAGUGAAGAUAAUAAUGGGCCAGAGCUAAAAUCAGAAGACAUUGCAUCAGAAAAGUUUUCUGAAGCAGCUUCAGAGGCUGAUUUAAUUGAGAAUGAGGUGGACAAGGCUGAUUUAGAACCUGAUGCUUGUAAUACAUGUGAUGAGAAUGGUUCAGAGGAAGCUCAAACGUCAGUUAAUGGAGAGACUCAAUCUGGGAGGGCAGUAGGGAAGAGAAAAUUGCAAAUUCAAGGAAAAUGGAAAGGGGUUGACCCUGUUAUUUUCUUCAAAGAUGAAGCCAUUAUCAAUUGCAUAAAGGAAUUUUAUGGUAUUGAUGAGUCAUUUCCAUUUGAGGGUCACCUAAUCUCAAGAAAUAAUGAUAAUAACCAUGUGAAGAGAAUUUACUAUGUUUCAAAGUCAGUCAAGGAUGUAAUUGAGCUGAAUCUCCUUGUUGGCCAGCAGCUUAAGAUAUCUUCAGUCGGCCUGAAAAUGUUUGAGAGACAAUCAUCAAGAGAAGGUACGACUGCUCCAUGCUCCUUUCGGAUAUCAUCUGAAGGAUUGCCAGUUAUUCUUCCUCACAUCAGCAAACAGAUCUUAUGGGCUUCUCCAGUAGACUUCAAGCAUCUUUUGCAGUAUAAAGCUAUCAAAUUCAUGGACUUUGUUGAUUCUGAGUUCGGAGAGAAGGCCUCAAAGCUAAUGAUGGGUUGCUGUGUGAUAGUCUUGAGAGAUGGCAAAAAUUUGUCAGAUCCUGGGCAGGUAGAUGCUUCUACAAUAGCCAUUGGCUGCUGGAAGGGUAGGGCCAGUUUGAGUGUAAUGGUCACUGCAAUUGACUGUCAAGAACUGUUAGAAAGGCUUUCAGCGCGGAUGGAGACUGGAAAAGGCUCCUUGAUGCAAGAAAACAUUGUCAAUGGUAAUGAAGUGCAGGCUGCUAAUGGUAAUGAAAAAGUCGAGGAAUCUGAACCUACUAAAAAAGCAAUAGAUGUCUGAUAUUGUUAUAAAAUUUGAGUUUGUAUACUAAUUUUCUUGCAUUAGGCGAUAGGCAUUGGCAUUGUUACAAUUGAUACAUCAGAACAUUCCUUUCCUUUGACUUCCUUGGGUUAAAAUUUUACAAUAUUCUUGGUGGUUUCCUGUAUAUGGAAAUGACCAUAAGUUUUUGCUCUUGUAGGCAAAUUUAAAAUUUGGCAAGGUUGAAACUUUUGCAGCUGAAUUACAUUUGAGUGAAAAUGACAAUGUUUGAAUUACUGAA